AUGGCGCCUCUUAUCAAUUUCGUUCUGCUCGGGUUUGUCGCGAGUCUGAGCAACUCUGUUCACGCGGCGCAGCCUGGAUCGAACAUCAAGCGCGUCGAUCUGGCAGGUGACUGUCCUACAUGCAAACAUGAGCCCCCUCAUUUUGGUCCGCACCCUUGGGGAGACUGGAGCAUUACCACCACCUCAACAAGCAGUUCUUCCGUUGCUGUUUCAACUCCUUCCUCAGAGCCUACUUAUGGCGGCAUCAACACCUCGUCAGUGCCUUGGGAUCGGUCGUCCAUGAGUGAAUUUGGUCCUAGCACGUCUAUCUCGCAGAGUUCUUCCACCUUCACGCUGUCGGCUUCGAGCUCACCUUCCUCCUCGUCGGACUCGUCGUCAACUGGCUCGAUAAGUGCAGGGUUCACUCCAUCUGGCAAUAUGUCUUCUUCAACGUGGGAUCUUUCUACCAUACAAUCAAUCAACAGUGUUCUCUCUAUGUCAAGCGAGUCUCUGGUCAGUGUCUCUACGAAUGGGACAUCCGAUACUCAGGCAGCCUCAGUUUUCCCUUCCACUGCCGGCUCUGCCUCUCAAGACUCAUUCUCUGUCGUCUUUCAGUCAACUCAACAUGAAUCUCAGGCCACAAUGUCUGUGAUGAGUGCAUCAAACUUUUCACAACCUGUUGCACAAUCAAGCACAAGUGAGCCCUUUCCUGCCAACAGCACCUCGAGCGUUGUUCCCCCUGUUGCAGACAACAGUACGUCGACUGUGGUUCCACCUUUACCUGCUAAUGAUACAUCGACGAUGGCUUCAUCUGUCCCUUCAGACAGCGCAUCGACCAUGGUUCCACCUUCAUCCGCUGAUGGUACAUCGAGCACGACUCCACCUGUCCAUUCAGACAGUACAUUGACCAUGUUUCCGCCUUUCCCUGCUAAUGGAACGUCGAGCAUCGUUCCAUCCAUGUCAAGCAAUAGCAGCCCAUCUGGAAGUACACUGGCUGGAAGUACAAUGUCAGCACAAGGACCAGACACCAAUAUGAGCUCAUCGACUGUGAAUUCAGUCACUUUUGCUCUGACUUCAAAUGUCACUGCUGCCUCUGAAAUCACGACUUCAUUCACCAGUACGAUUGAUCUAAGUUCGACAACAUUCGUGACUGUCAUUCGAACUACAAUCAGUAUUGUGCAGGUUUCCUCAACAACACAGGAUACUGGUUCCAGUACUGUGCCCGUGAUUCCUGAGUCGUCAAAUUCUGGAACACCUGUAUCUGAGUCAAGCUUCUCCGCGGGAGAAACAAAUUCAACUUCAGUCAGCAACGACUCUUCUUCCAGCACUAUCGCUAGUUCAGCAGGCGUAUCUGAGUCAAGCCCAUCAUCUAGUGGCACGGUCACUCUUGUUCCGGGAAUCACAAUGACUCCUCCCGCGGUUACCUCUGCAUCCGCCCUUCCCAUGCUCUCUCUGACUGGCGACAUGGCAUGUUCCUAUUCUUACUCAGCCAAUCAAUCCGCACCAAGCACUUACAAUCUUCCUCCAUGGUGCUGGCCCUGGCCUGUUGCGGAAAGCACCACGGUGAUGUCGGGGGCAAUCGUCGCGGCAAGCACAGAGAACUGCGUCUGCCCGUACUGUUGGCUUGCAGACCCGCUGUGUUACGCCCAAACGCCAACGGGCUCAAGCUGUGCGGAUGGCUGGAUUUGCUCUGUGACUACUUCUACUGGUUCAUCAGGCGUUGUGCAUUCGCUCCCUAGUGGCUUCACCUCCGAUACCACAACACCAGAACCGUGGAGCAUUAUCACCGAGCGGGGCGUGUCCAGAACAAGCGGCAGUAGCAGUAUUACGGACGUCACAUGGAGUGCUACGCUUUCACAAAGCACUCGGAGCAUCGAGGGUGGCUACGUUGUCUUUCCGUUCUGGUCCUGGAGUUGUAUCGGCCCUCUGUGCCAGGGUGAUUGUGGAGAUGUCCUCGACUGGGCGGCAGCCAUGGCUGGUUGCAUUUUCGGGUUGGGAUGCAAGAGACCGUGCAGUGAUCAUGGCUCGAAUGGAUUUCCAUUGCCACCAGUGCAUUCCCAUUCUUCCUCCAGUCCCUCCUGCGCCUGUGGCCUCUAUGACCUUGCCUACGACCAGUUGUUCAGCAGCGCCUUAUUCUCCAAGCUCGUCGGGUACCUCAAGAUCGUCCGGCUCAUCGAGCUCAACGAGCUCGUCCAGCUCCUGCUCGUCCACGGCAUUCUCUUCCUGCCUCGACAUUUGCUCGACCUUGAGCGCGAAUGCACCUCAACGACGGCUCCAGCCUGCACUGUCAGUCCCUGGUGGAAUGACCCAGCGAUAUCUGCUCAGAUUGCCUCGUGGAUUACUCAGUUUCCACCAAUCCCCGACAACGCAACGACGAUAUUCAGUACUUUCAGCUUCUCGUCAAACACGACGCAGACCAUGGGCAACACCACUUCGAGCACUACCACGAGCACGUCGCAUUCGACGUCCUUGACAUCUCAUAGUUCGACGAUCUCUAGCCCUCCCAUCACAACGCCGACCCUUCCAAGCAGCCUGCGGGAUUUCACAGUGUUAGUGACAGAUGACGACGGCGACGUGUUCAGCGAAGUCUACUCUGGAGGUGUAAUGGUUUCUUCUACACUAGUCUCAUCGAGGCUACUUCCCACAUUGGACCCGAGUGGACCCUGGACGUUUGGUUCAUCGGGGGUCUCUUUGGUGAGCAGAACCACUUCGACUUCCCGGAUCUCUGCUGGGACCGGAGCACAUCCAACCCUCACAAGUAUAGCCAGAAGCUACAGCGAGGUCUCGAUCUUCACUUGUGACGGAGAGGCUGCGUUUGGUAGUGCAAGUUGCACAGAUUCGUGGGGCCUCAAGACUGUGUCAACCACUGUCCCGAAUGCAGACGAGCAGACUUCGUACUGUGCCCACUGGACUGCCUUCACCACCACGACAAGCCCAGCCAAGGCCGGGGUUGUGAACUGUGCCACCCCUGUCAGCGGACAAGCCACGAGUGCGGUCGCAACCGUCUGGAACUCGGGUCUCCCUUUCUCGCCAUUCCAGCUGGACAAAGGCCCCAUCAAGAAGUUUUGCAAGAAGCUGGUUGACCGCGACAUCGUUCUCUACCAGGGACUUUCAUUUGCCGCUACGUCAAGCUCAGAGGUGGUGUCCCCAGGUGAAUGUGAUCUGUUUCCAUCGAACGGGGACUCGGCAUUCGACUAUGAUCUGACCAUUGGUCUCGCCUUCGACUACAACGGGUGUCCUUCGCCGACAGGCACGCCACUGGUCAACGGUGUCUCGAUGAAGAAAUAUGGUCAGGACAAAUGCGUCUCCACGUUCUGGAAUCACAUCACCAAAGAAUGCGAUUUCUCAAAUUCGGAAGCAAAGAAGAGAGGCCUCGGCCAGUGGACCAGGGUCGGUGGAAUGUACUGGGCGGACUGCAUGCGGUGGACGCUCAUUGCUGCGAGGAAAGAUCUGUCGCCGCCAGACACUGUUGAUGGAGACUUGCAGUGA